CCAACCUGUUAUUAUUGUUUAUAACUGUCAAAAGUGAAAGCAAACACUCUCUAAAAACGUCCCAUCUCAACCAAAUUCCUGAACCUCGCACACAUUCACUAAAAAUUAACCCAACCUAACACCUCAUCACCCAACCAUACCCUUUCAGUGCGUGUUAUUGUGACCCGCGCGACCUAACCUCACUUCUGUCGGUACAAACUCAGCCGUCGUUGAUUUAAACGUCCAGCGAUGGUUGAAAAUGGCUUUUGCUACGCAACAACAAAGGAAAAUGACCCUAUUUUCCACACCAGUCAAAGUCAGCAGCCCACUCUGUCAUUCAGACCUCGGGGGAGCCUCGCCAGGGCUCUGUACGAAAAGCAGCAAACGGACCACUUUCUGAGCCAGUUUGACAAAAGUCAGUGGUACCACUGCGACCUCAGCAAACUCCCUCCAGACCUAUCGUCGAAAUUCGUCGAGCUGGGUCCCGACGACGACACCAUCAAAUUCCUUCAGCAAUCCGAGGAGAAAUCCGACUGGGUGUUGACUCAGAUUUGGCACUCCAUCGUCAAAGUCUUCCUCGGCUGGUUCAUGACUCAAACGUCCAUCAAUGGCUGGCUCCAAAGAGGCUCCAUGUUCGUCCUAUCUCUGCAACAGUUCCUCAAACUAAUGAAAGUCAACGAAAAAUGGCACAAAGGGUCCCUCCUCGAUCUCGGUGCCGGCGACGGCGAAGUCACCGCUCACCUUUCGGCCCUUUUCGACAAAACCUACGUCACCGAGGUUUCCACCACUAUGAGAAACCUCCUCCAGAACCGCGGCUACAAGCUACUAGAGAUAGACACAUGGCAGCGAAGCGGCCCUUUCGACGUCAUCUCCUGCCUAAACUUGAUAGACCGAUGUGACACCCCCAAUCAGCUCCUCAAACAAAUGAAAACUUCCCUCAAGCCAGACGGACUAGUACUCCUAGCGGUAGUCCUUCCAUUUUCAGCAUACGUGGAAGCCGGAUCGCGCGGCCACAAACCCACCGAGCUCCUUCCAAUACUGGGUUCCUGUUUCGAGGACCAAGUGAACAGUGUAGUGCACGAUGUGCUAACUCCCGCAGGAUUUAAAGUAGUAUCAUGGACUAGAGUUCCGUACUUGUGCGAAGGGGACCUUCAGCAGUCGUACUAUUGGUUGGAUGAUGUGGUUUUUAUUUUGAAAGCUGCUAAUUGAGAGUGUGAAUAAAAAUCUGUAUGGAGUGGGGAGAAGUUAUAUCUAGUCUUAGAUGGUGUUUUAUCUAAUGUGUAGAUAUUUCAGUGUAAUCGUAGUGAUUGAUGGUGCUAACAGUAUCAAAAAUACAGGGCGAUUGUGUGAAUUUUUUAUCAUGUGGGCGGGUUAUCUACGAGUUAAGAAAUUUAACGGUCGCACUGUGGUUUUACUAUUACUAAUAGAAUUUAACAUUUAUGUAUUUUAUUUGGAACAAACUAACAAUAGUUUAACUUGAGUGUGUAUACUGUUGGACAGAAAAUGGGCAUUGGGGGUUGGUUAAACUUGAAAUUGAAGAACACAUGACUUGUAAUGAAGCACGUCACAGAAGAAGAAAAAUAAGAAAGGGGCCAAAUGUAUCUUAGUCUCGUUAUACUGGGUAAAUUUUAAUUCUUUGACCACAAUGCCCAAGUUUUUGCCCAACGUUAAUUAUUAACAAAAAUGCAAAAGUAUAUUUUCUGAUAUUUAGGAUAAUAAUUAUUGUAAAUGGUUGAUCAUUAUAAAUUCGGAUUUUGUUUAUAAAGAGAAUUGUAACAAAGACUGGUAGGAAAGAUGCAUUGAUAUUGUUUCGCACUGUUUUUUGUUUUACAGUAGAUCCAAAAAUAAGGUACACAGGGUGUUUUGUCUAAGACUUAGCUUCCUUAUUUAUUUAUACCUCAUGAUUGAAAGUAGUCUUCUAGUGGGCCAUGAUUUUUUUUUUAAUAAUGAUGUUGGCAUUUCAGCUAUUUGACAAUUAUUUGACCGCAGCUGGUGUUGCCAACAUAUUUAAUAAAAAUCACUCUGACAGUAUUUUUUUAACAUUUGGUAUAUCUAGUAGGGACACAUAUUCUUAAUUAAAUAAUAUACGUUAUACAUCACAGAUUUUAGCAAUCUAUUUUUAAUAAAUAUGUCAAUUGGAAAAAGAGUUAACUCCUACGAGAAACAUCCUGUAUAUUUAGUCUUUUACUGCGCCUGCUAUAUAUAGGGUGUAUCAAAAAAGAAGAGAUAAUACCUAACCGUCAGUACGGUUUUGGACGUAAUGACACUCACAUUUGUUCUUAAUCAAAAACAACAUAUAUUAUAGGUUAUAAUCUAUAAUAUAAGGUAAAAUUUAAUUAAGUUUCAAAACCGACCUUCCAGUUAGUUGUUUUUCUUUCUGAAUAUAAGUCUAAAUAACUACUGUUUAAAACUGUGCGAUAAUCUCUCUAAUGGACUUAAUGGGAAAUAUUUCAGAUAUUACAAAUGUACAAUUGAUGUGGUUGUGAACAUGUAAGUAGAUGUAAUUUACUUCCACUUCUAGAGUGUAAAUUAUUGUAAUGAUAUAAGUAAUCAUUAUAUUUUUUAUUUUUUAACGUGUAUACUUAAUAUCCAAAAGAGAGACAUAUCAAACUAUUUUGCGUUUCAAUCAAAUUUAUGAUUGUGUAGUAAGCCGUUUCGAACCAAAUUUCCGCGCGCCAAACUUUUGGUAAGAAAAGGGAUAGAAAUGGAAAGAAACAAAAACCACUAAGAGGGAGGUGCGCAGAAGGGUGUGUUGGAGAAGGGUAAGUCGCGGCCAUAUUGACUUGGUCUUUCUUUCGAGUAAGACGUCAAGUUGGUGCUCUCUGCGUUUUCCAAGUGUCUGUGCGUUUUGUUUCCGUUUUCAGCGGUGAUUCCUUUCAACGGAGUUCCAUCCCCCUGACGAACCAGCGAACGUAAGAUUUCUCUGCUCGAUUUCGAACAGAGAGAGGCCUAUUUCGGUGGUGAACACGUGUUUGGUUUGGAGAUCCGAGAGGUAUGUUUUCCACGUGAUUCCGUGUGUGCUGGUGGAAGAAGCGGCGUUGCUUCUCGAUGGUGACGGAGUAGGUGAGACGCGGGAACCACACCUGUGAGCUUCGCGGGCGUCACAUACGCGAACGGACGCUACCAAAAAUGGCGGCACUUCCGGAUGACGCCAUGGCCGAUAAUUUUCGUACUAAUCUUUUCAACAUAAUUUCAAUCCGUUUUAGUAGGGCCUUUCAGGGAAUUACGUUAGCUAGGGCAGUUUUAUUUAGCGAAUGUUAUGCGGAAAGUUGGAUGGCAAUUUUCGAGGUAUUAUUUUGCGUUGCAUAAUUUCAGCACGUGUGAGUAAAGUAAAUUCAAACGUAAUCUGAACAAAUGCAUCUUUAACAAAAAUUAACGCUGAGAACGGCAUUAGAAAAUUAAUAAUAUUAGAGUCUGGGGGACGGGGGAUUUUUUUUCCUUUGUGUUAAUAACAUGGAUUAAUUAGGCACAUCAAUUUGGCUGACAUUAUAAGACCUAAGAUAUUUGAAUGGCUUUUCCUCGAUUUAUUAUCCGGUUGUUGUAAACUCGAAUGCUGGAAAAUUUCAUGUAGUUUUUCAAAUAUUCAGCCGUUCAAAAUAGAAAGAGAAAGUGGUAGGGUGCAGGUACGGGGUGUUGACCGGGGAAUUUCAAGGGCAACCUUUGUGAAUUUUUGUAUUAGUCAUUGGGGAUUUGUUGUUGACCGAAAACUGUUGAUGAAUUUGAAAAUGAAUGUUAUUGAAAGAAAGGUACAAUUCAAAUCGAAUGUGCACCUACGAUUACCUAUAUUUUAUUUAUUUUGCAUAUUUUAUGUGUCGCAUUUUUAUGUGUUGUUCUGUUUAUUUCGUAUGUGUUUUUAUUUAUGUGUCUUUUGUUUGGGGAUGUGUUGAAGGGAGGGGGGGUUUGUUUGUUUAAUUCGGUCAACAACGUAACUUUGCCCAGAUCAUUUUAAUGCAGUCGUAACUUCGUUGUUUAAUGUCAGAUAAAUAUUUCAUUAAAAUCAUUGCCAAAAUGUGAAUAAUUUAAUCUCUUUCAAAAAUUCUUGUUCUUUAAAGUUAUUGAUAAAAACAUGAAUAAUUUCUCACUUCAUUUUCUUUAUUGCAUAAGAUUGUUGAUCACACGUGCAUAAUUUAAUCUCAUUUCAAUUUCUUUGUUAUUUAAAACAAGUGUUGAUGGAGUGUGGCCAAUUAAAUUACGCUUAUUGCUUGUCUGAAAUCCAAAUACUCAUUCUGAUAACGCUAGUUAACUCGGGGGUCGUGUGGCGUGGACGCGGUGGCGUCGGCGUCUCCGUGCGAGUGUCUGCGGGUCUUGCUAGACUUCCGGCCCUAGCGGACUCGGAGUUUACACAGCUACUUGGACGCGGGAAACAGGAAGGUCAACCUAUGUCAGGUGGGUGCGUAAGACCACGCACGUGAAGUGGUGAGGUAGGACUAUGUGGACCUUCACGGGGAGUGUGGCCGUCGCCCUGCCCCCGCUGUGCGCCCCCCAUUUUGUUUGUAGAGGCCACACUGCCAUAAUAUCUGGAACGUUGCCAUCCAUUUACUUUCUGAGAGUUCCGCGACUUUUUAUUUUGCUUUUUUUUUGUUGUACUUGUAAGGUUGCUAAUAUUUAUUCUAUGUUCUCAGGUUCGAGUGAAAAUAAAGGUUUUUUUUUCUCUGAGGAAUAAAUUCUUUAAGCUCUUCUGGGGCCCUUGGCCAAGGUCUCUUGAGCUCUUAUUGGAUUUAUUUUUCAUAGUUUUUUUUUUCCAAAUAUAAGUUUUUUAAAUCCGUCACUCUUCCCGCUCCGCAGUGCGCCAAUUUGUAUGAACGAACGCCUCCCGCCAGUUUUCAAA